CUUAAUUGCCUUAUUCACCAGGAAUGCUAUAACUUCGUAUUAUUCUGCUCUUCUACCUCUCUAUUAUCUUUUGCUCGAUCUCUUAACUAUCGAUUAUGAUGGAGUUCGGCUUUCGCCUCCUAACGAUAUUUGCCUUCCUCUUUGUUGCAUUAGGAGUUACAUGUCUUGCAGCUCAAUCGUCAGAAGAUUAUUGGAAAAAGUUGUUGCCUAACACUGUCAUGGCUAAGACUAUUCAUGAGUCUCUGAAGUCUGAGGGCGGCACUGGAGUCCAUGUAGGAAACCAAGGAGUUGAUGUUAGCGUUGGAAAACCAGGCACUGGAUCAACCGACGUUCAUGUAGGCAAAGGUGGAGCAUCAGUAAACACUAGACCAAAAGGAAAGCACACAUCAGUUUAUGUCCAUCCCAAAGGAAACCCUUUUAUUUACCAAUAUGCUGCUACUAAGACUCAACUCCAAGCUAACCAAAAUGUUGCCCUAUUUUUCCAAGAAAAAGACCUUAAACUCGGGACCCAAAUGAACUUGCAUUUCACCAAAACAACCAACAAUGAAACUCCUCUCUUACCCCGAAAAAUCGUCGAAUCCAUACCCUUCUCAUCAAACAAAAUGCCUGAGAUUUUAAGCCGGUUCGAAGUGGCACCGGACUCCGAAGAGGCAAAGGUCAUGAAGGAGACUAUCAAAGAGUGCGAAGCCAAGGGCAUUGAAGGAGAAGAGAAAUAUUGCGCAACUUCCUUAGAGUCUAUGGUUGAUUAUGCUACCUCUAAGUUAGGGAAGAAAUUGGAUGUAGUCUCUACUUAUGUAGAGAAGAAGAAAGGUAUGCAAAACUAUGUGUUUACAGGAGUAAAAAAGAUAUCAAAUUCUAAAGCUAUGAUAUGUCACAAGAUGAAUUAUGCGUGUGUUGUAUUUUAUUGUCACAAGACUGAGACAACAAAAACCUAUAUGGUCUCUUUGGUGGGUAAUGAUGGUACAAAGGUUAAAGCUGCUGUUAUAUGUCACAUUGAUACAUCGAAAUGGAACCCUAAGCAUUUGGCCUUCCAAGUUCUUAAGGUCAAGCCUGGAACUGUGCCUAUUUGCCAUUUCCUUCCUGAGGAUCACAUUGUUUGGGUUUCUAAAUGAUUGAGUUUUUAUUAAUUUUUCUUACAAUACUAUAGAUUUUAUGUACUUAAGUUUGAUCACCUUGAUUUAGUGUGCGUAUAAUAAAACCAGUUAGUUAUGUGUUCUUUAGUGUACAACUUUGACACUAUAAUUAUAGCGAUGUAUAAGAAUUUGUUUGGAUUGAAUAUACUAUAUAUCUUUGUAAUAUAAUGAUAUGGUGAAAAUUUAUUUUGCUA